UCCCGGAAUGGAGUUACGAAACUGCCACUGACUCACAGCCAAAACUCUGAGCAUUUAAAGAGGGACACAGCAGCUCACAGCACAAACACCAGCAGUUGAAACUUCAGACCCAGCAGAGUCUUCACUCCGACUCCACCACCUUCACUGUCUUCAUCGUCUCCAGUGUCUCUGGUGUCUUCAGUGUCUGAAGAGUUUCUAUCACGAUGAACAGCAGAGUCGUGGGGGUGUGUUUACUUGUGGCUGUCUUCACUCUGACUGAAGCAGGUACAAAUCUGAGUGGUCUGGAUUUGGAACCCCGGUGCCGCUGCAGUGGAACCGAGAGCAGACGGAUCGGCAAACUGAUAGAGAGCGUGGAGCUCUUCCCCCCGAACCUCCACUGCAAAGAGACGGAGAUCAUAGCGACGCUAAAGAACACCGGUCAGGAGAUCUGUCUGGACACUAAAGCUCCAUGGGUCCUGAAAAUCAUUGAGAAGAUCAUGGCUAACCGGUCACCCUAAGGUCAGACACUGCUCUCUACUCCAAGAUGUUGGUGCCAGAAUUGCUCCAAUUAAUGAUGAUGGUCUUGAUGCUGAUCCUUAGAUUCUUCUUGGCCUCUCCAUUCCUGCCAGCACAGGGGUCGUUUUGUCUCUCACGCUUUUUCAUUCUGCUUUGUACUGUGGCCACUGGCGCUUGAAAAGCACUGGGAUAAGGCUUUAUUGCUUUUCCCAUCUCCUGAGCAGCCACAAUGCACAACCAGAGGUCCAUGCUAAGCUCUCCGAUUUAGCCAUGACUUGCAGUUGCCUAGUAAUUUAGAGAACUACUGCAUGAGCUAUACUUUCUUUAUAGCUGAUCAGAAUGCUCUAGAACAUGGUAGAAAUGACCAGGACCAUUUGGAAUUGUAUACAAUCUCAUGUUUAUGCUUAUGAAUGGUAUAUACACAUAUUUUCUCAAUAAGUUGUGCCAAUUUCAAGAAGUAUGAGUAAGUUUGGACAUGGAUUUUUUUGGUAAAAGUGUAAAAUAAAAAAAGAAAAUAGUUCAAAUGUCUCAUUAACAUUUCUAGCACACUGUUUUAUCAUCGUUUAUCACAUGUUUGUUAUUUUCAGCCAUAUUGGUCAAAUAAAAUUCACUAUAAACCAAA